UGAAAUAAAAAAGUUAUGCUGCAACCCUAUAAUAAUCAUCACAUUUAAUAUAAGCAUAAAAUUUCGAUUAAAUAUAUACGAAAUUUAUAUCUGGUCAUGAGAUUUUCAACUAUUGAAACAAUAAGAGCAUGGCUUUUAUCUGCAUUAAUGGUGCAUGGCGCAGUUGCUGGAAAUCCUGAUGCAAAAAGGCUUUAUGAUGAUCUUUUAAGCAAUUAUAAUAAAUUAGUACGUCCAGUAUUUAAUACAACCGAUGUAUUAAAAGUAUGCAUAAAAUUGAAGUUAUCACAACUAAUUGAUGUGAAUCUUAAGAAUCAGAUAAUGACAACUAACCUAUGGGUUGAACAGUCUUGGUAUGACUAUAAGCUACGUUGGGAACCGAAGGAAUAUGGUGGUGUACAUAUGUUACACGUGCCAUCGGAUCAUAUUUGGCGUCCAGAUAUUGUUCUCUAUAACAACGCCGAUGGUAACUUUGAAGUGACUCUUGCAACUAAAGCCACAAUUUACUCUGAGGGACUAGUUGAGUGGAAACCACCGGCUAUUUACAAAUCAUCAUGUGAAAUAGAUGUAGAAUAUUUUCCAUUUGACGAACAAACAUGUGUACUCAAAUUCGGGAGUUGGACAUAUGAUGGGUUCAAGGUGGACUUAAGGCAUAUGGAUGAAAAACAAGGCAGCAAUGUUGUAGAUGUUGGUGUGGAUCUUUCAGAGUUCUACAUGUCCGUUGAAUGGGAUAUAUUGGAAGUUCCAGCUGUAAGGAAUGAAAAAUUUUAUACAUGCUGCGACGAGCCGUAUCUGGAUAUAACAUUUAAUAUUACAAUGCGCAGAAAAACUCUGUUCUAUACAGUUAACAUAAUAAUACCAUGUAUGGGUAUAUCUUUCUUAACAGUUCUAACAUUUUAUCUCCCAUCAGAUAGCGGAGAAAAGGUUACGCUUUCAAUAUCAAUUCUUAUUAGUCUCCAUGUGUUCUUUUUAUUGGUUGUGGAAAUUAUACCGCCAACAUCAUUGGUUGUUCCAUUAUUGGGAAAAUAUUUAAUAUUUGCAAUGAUAUUGGUAUCCAUAAGCAUAUGUGUAACAGUUGUUGUCCUCAACGUUCACUUUCGAUCGCCACAAACACAUCGUAUGGCACCAUGGGUUAAGCGUUUGUUCAUUGAAUUACUACCUAAAUUCUUAUUUAUAAAAAGGCCAAUGUAUAGCUUCGAAGUGAGUAAGAUGCAAUUGAAGGACACGCAUGCUUGCUUUUAUCCAUACUUUUCUACUACUCAUAUUGACCACAGCGCCAGUAGAUAUAUUCAAACAUCAUUAAAAGAUGAUUAUUCUUCUAGAAGCUUAAGUGAUUCUGGUCCUUUUGGUGGAAGUUGUCAAGUUCAUGGGCCCACUUUAUCGCAGUUGGGGCAGUCCGUUUCAGAUGAUUUAACCGCAGUACCAGAUGUAAAUAUGAAACCAUCAGUAAUGAAAAGUCCUGUAUUAAACAACCCAGCCUUUUCACAUUCAAAAUGCCCACCAAGUGUUCAUCGUAGUUGCUUUUGUGUUCGCUUUAUUGCUGAACAUACAAAAAUGCAGGAAGACUCCAUUAAAGUUAAAGAAGACUGGAAGUAUGUCGCAAUGGUACUGGAUAGGCUAUUUUUAUGGAUUUUUACGCUAGCAGUUCUUGCUGGAACAGCAGGAAUAAUUUUACAAGCUCCAACCUUAUAUGAUGAUAGAAUUCCCAUCAUUGAACAAAAAAAUAUAGAUUUUUCAGGCUCAUCUGGUGGACGUUGUCGGCCUCCACAAUAACAUUAUGGCAAGAAAUUUUUAUCUGUUUCAAAUAUACGGAAUAUGAAUUAAAAUUAAAAUAUUCAAAAUAAUAGAAUAGUCGUCUUUGUGAUUAUUCUUAAAUGACAAAAAUAUAAAACUUUAUUAUUCUCUAUUUAAUAAGUUGUUAGAGAGAAAUAAUUAUGUUC